CUUGUCCCCUUUCAGAAUUCCUGCUGCCUAUUCCCUCUCUCCCCUUCUCUUUUUUUUCCUUUUCCCCCCAUCACCACUCUCCGUCCUAUUUUCCCUCGACCCGUUUGAACUUGGCAUUCUUUAGAUCCCGUCGCGCAACCAUGAGUGCCCAAGGAUACUACAACGGACCGCCGCCGCCUCCCCAGGCAUAUCCUCCUCAGGGCGGCUAUCCUCCUCCCCAGGGCGGCUAUCCUCCCCAGGGUUACAAUUACCCUCCCCCUCAGCCUCAGGGCUAUCCUCCUCCUCAGAUGCAAUACCAGCAACAACCGCCCCCGCAGAAGAAGGACCGUGGAUGCCUUGGUGCCUGUCUGGCUACGCUCUGCUGUUGCUUCCUCUGCGAGGAGACCUGCGAAUGCUGCUUUGACUGCAUCGAAUGCUGUGAGAUGUGCUGAGCGGAACAUCCUUCCCUCUAUGAGCGAACGUACGACCUCGAUGAAAUGUUAACCUCGAUUCCUCGUCCGGCGGUUUGAAGGUUGAGCGGUGCGCCGGGAAGCAC